AUGUCGCGCUCCUUAACACAGAACUGCUUUAAGCAGCUUUCCCGGGGCCCUUUGAGGCAGGGCUCACUGCCAAUUUAUCUCGCACCUGCGUUCUCGCACCCUCAACGGACACAACCCUUUUCUACCACCUCACCAACGCAAUCUCGAGUCGGCGGCGCCCCGAUCUCCGUACCCCCCGAAGUCUCCCUCAAAUUCAUCGACUUGCCUCAGACACAAGUGAGAGGAGUAGCGAAGGACAUUCCGAAGACGGCAAUCGAAGUUAAAGGGCCUUUGGGUGAAUUGACACUGAGCAUUCCCCCAUUCUUGGAAGUUGCACAUGAUGAAGGCCUUCGGAAAGCGACUCUCUCCGUCCAGGAUUCCUCAGUCGCGCAUCAGCGUGCUAUGUGGGGAACCACUCGGGCACAUCUACAAAACUACAUCCUAGGAGUGUCGGAAGGCCAUGUUUGCAUUCUCAGUCUGGUCGGUGUCGGUUACAGAGCUACUGUCGAAUCAACGGCGACCACCGUCGAACCUGAAUACCCCGGCCAGCAAUUCGUCUCCCUCAAGGUUGGGUACUCCCACCCGAUUGAGUUGGGUGUUCCACAGGGUGUCAAAGCAAGUACUCCGCAGCCGACACGUAUUUUGCUGGAGGGCGUCAACAAGAGCGUCGUGACGAAGUUUGCGGCCGAAAUUAGAGAAUGGCGCAAGCCAGAACCAUACAAGGGCAAGGGUAUUUUCAUCAACGGGGAGACAAUCAAAUUGAAGGCCAAGAAAAUUCGGUAG